UCAACAUUCUUUCUUCUCAAAAGGAGCAGCAGCGCAGGAAGGAAAACAGCAUUCUUAAAAGCUAAGAGCAGGAGGCUUUAUAUAUAUAUAUAUAUUUAUAUAUACUGUACUCUGCAUCGAGUAAUAACACCUUUCAGAUGUCCUCGCAGGCUGGAGAAAUGUUCCAGCGGAGCUGCAGCUUCAUUGUGUUUCUCUUCCUUUGUCAAUCAUCUAUCAGAAAAGCAUAUUGUGCAUCAGCAUAUGACGCCGAAGGCCUGCAGAGACGCCUCCUUAUCGAGGAAGAUCAUGCCAACAUUAAUGGCACGGACGCUCGAAGUCUUACCAAUGUAGACAACACCCCUCCGUCGAUGGAAUGGUCCUAUUUGGCCGCGGGACUUGGUACAGCUCUCACUAUAUCGCUAGUUAUUGUGAUGGCUGUCAAGUUCCGUUUCUUCCAUCGCUUCCUGGCGAGCUACAGACACUCCUUGCUGCAGGAAGCUGACGGGGUCAGCCAGUAUGGUCAAGAUGAGGUGACCUUUCCAAGCAGCGUGUCAGGGAGAAUGGGAGUGGUGCGAGGGCCCGUCGGCACACUAGAAGAGGAUGAUGACGGCUUCAUUGAAGAUAAUUACAUCCAGACCAGUGAGAAAGACCGUGCAGAGAGAGAAGCUGAGGAGGAGGAGGAGUAUGGGAUAGAGGACAGUGAUGAUGAUCUGCAGUUCACCAUAGGGUGAUCAAGAUAAGCAGCUGGUCUAUGAUCCCAUUUAAAUGACAGCAGAUUGAGAUAUUUUUGUACUUUUCUUUAAAUAUAAAGUAAAAUAUUGUGUCAAAGUUUAUUUUCAGGAGUUCAAUUGCUACUUGGACCACGAACCAGUGGUUUACAAUCUAUCCCUUGAUUUGAGUUUUUGGCUUUUUAAGUGUUGUUUCAUUUCUGCAGCAUAAGAUAUACGUAAGCCCAAUUUGUAAGCAAUAAAUACUAGAACUGUAAAGGUGACUAUAGAGGUGUUAUUCAGGGGUGUAAUAAUCCUAAAACCUGCAUUUAGAAAGUAAUAAACAGUUUUUCUUUGCUCUAACUAAUCAAUGAACAAAGCAUUAGAAGACAAGCAGCAUAGAAAAUGAAUGGAUGUUUAUCAGAGGGACUAAUAGGAGACCAGAGCCCACAGGGAAGCUGACGUCAUCGCAGCCCCCGCAAUGUAUGUGUUGCUCAGAAGGAAUGCAUUAUGGAAAAACGUAACUUUUUUCCCCCAUUUAAAUUCAUAUCGGUACAUGUUUGUAUAUUUGGCAGAUAUACCUUUUGAGUGUAAGUUGCUGUGUGACGAGUUUUGUGUUCCUUGUAAGAUGACACAAUUACAUUGUUAUACUGUUCUAUAUUAUGGCAUCCUGCGAUUUCCAAUGGGUUGACAAGCUUGUUGUGAGUAUACUGAUAGCUUGUGAUUGGCUCCUGCCAAAGAAAGAGCUACUGUUUCCCCUGCCCUCUCACGUUUCCCACUCACAAAUAGCAGAGUAUUUAAACAUUCAUUCAUUUAUUCAUUUUCUACUGCUUUUUCUCACGAGGGUC